AUGGUUAAUCCCGUUGCAAAAAUCAAGAUUGUUAAGAAACGUAACAAGCCUUUUAAGAGACAUCAAUCUGAUCGUUACAAAUCUGUGAAGGAAGCAUGGAGAAAACCUAAGGGUAUCGACAAUCGAGUUCGGCGUCGAUUCAAGGGACAACUUCCUAUGCCUAAAAUUGGAUAUGGAUCGAACAAAAAAACUCGUUAUUUGAUGCCAAAUGGGUUCAAAAAAUUCCUUGUUUCUAACGUUAAAGAAUUAGAGUUGUUACUUAUGCAUAACAAAACUUAUGCAGCUGAGAUUGCCCACAAUGUCAGCUCAAGGAAACGUAUUGCAAUUAUUGAUAGAGCUCAACAGUUGAACGUAAGAGUUAUAAAUGCUAAAGCCCGCGUUAGAAGUCAAGAA